CUGCGCCCGCUGCCAGCCGCGAAAUCUGAGGCACCUACUCGACGCUGUGCACGUGCGCGCUGGCGCGAAGGGGGUGAGCUCUCGAGUCUCGCCAAAGCCACAAAUGCUCGCUGCGCUCGCGCCCACGCACCCCAGCGUCCUCCACGCGGAGAAAAUUGCGGCGCGCAAGAAGCUGGAAGAGCACGUCCAGAUCAGCGCGGCAAAAUCGCUCGGCAAGGCCCGGCGAGACGCAUACCGCCGCGGCGGCAAGGACCGCGGACCGCUAAUGGGAUGCGAUGCGGUGUGGGCUACGGAGUACCGACGCCGUGUCGCCGCCGCCGCCGCGGCGCUCGAAAAGCGGCAGGCCGAUUGCCGCGCGUUACGAGCAACGCCGACGGGCGAGCUUGAGGCGCUGUUUGGCGAGGCCGUGCUGCAGCGCGAUGCGGCUCGGCACGAGUACGUCACGCUCCUCGCUGCGGCGAUGUCUGAGCACCGCGAACGCCGCAUCGAGGAGCGGUUGCAUGCCCUGCGCGAGGAUCUGGCCAGCCUCGUGCCAGCCUCGUGCACGCCCCUCACUCCCCCGCCUGAGGCGGCCACAGUCCCGGAAGAGAUCGGAGGGGCGAGGGGCGGCGAUGGCGCGGCGGAGGAGAGCGUCGGUGCACAGGACCUCGACGCCGCCUCGCCAUCUGCCGCCGACCCGUCCGCCCAGCUGGCGCCCGCCCUGCCCGUGGCCUCCGUCGCUGUCGGCCGGCGGCUGACGCUCGCGCUGCGUCUCGAGGCGAUCCUGGGGCCCGGGCACGGCGGGGGCGAAGGUGGGGGCGGGGGUGGGGUCGGGGGCGAGGGCGAGGGCGAGGGCAAGGGCAAGGGCGAGGGCGAGGGCGAGGGCAAGGGCGAGGGCGAGGCUGCGGCCGUUGACUCACCCGCACCAAGCGGCCUCCUCCCCUCGCUCGAGGCGUGGGCGGCGGAGCAGCCCCGGUACGAGGAGGAGCUGGCCUUCCUCCGGCCACACGCCGGAGGAAAGUACCCCAGCCUCGCGCCGCUCCACGCCGCUAAGGAGGCGUGGGAGGGCGCCGCCGACGCGCUCGUGCUCGCCCGCUCGGCCACCAAGCUGCGCAAGCCGCCGCCCGGCGCGGCGGAAAAGGCGGAGGAGGCGCUGGCGUCGGUGCAAGAGGCGGCGGCCGCGCUACGCGCCGAGCGCGCCGCACUCGACGAGGUGGCCGAGCUCCACUUCCCGGAGCUGCCGCUGCGAAUCCGCGCCGCCGGCUUCGAUGUGAGCGAGGAGGAGAUCGCGGAGGCGUUCGGGGCGGAGGGCCUCUAGCGGCGAUGUGGUCUCCUGUAGUGCUAGUGUGGGCUUGGGGAGACGCAGACUACUCUAGAGUGUCGUUUUGCGGCAGGGGCCACACAGCAGCAUCCACAAACCGGGCCGGGGGGCCGUCGCUCCGGCGUGGGUGCGUGCACGAAUCGAGGAAGGUGUUAGUGCCAGUGCGCAGUGGCAGUGCGCGCCAGUGCCCAGUCCCGAGAGUGGAGAGAGAGAGCGUCCACUCCCGUGCCCCUAGUCUAGAGUACGCCUACGGCCUAGUGUGACGUGUCAGCACGUGUGAGAGCUGAGAGACAGUACCAUGUUCAAACUCCGCACUUUAAUUCG